AAUUGGCUCUGCGAAAACGCCCCCAAAACUGGUAACAAAAACAAAAGCCGAAAAAAACCGAAAAACCCGCGGAAGUAAGCCAUCGAGUUAACGGUGUGAAACAGAUUUCUGACUUAUUUGGCAAGGUCAAUGGCGGGUGUGCCGAUGACGAUGCCCAAAGCAAAACGAAUCCGUCUGCAGAAGAUCGUUUGAGCGGAGCGUGGAAGCCAUCUGGGGCAACCAGUUGAUGACGUUUCGGCCAAGUGCGUGCAAAGUUCCGCUCGCUCGCGCGGCCUACGGAUUGUCAUUUGGGGCUCGUGAAGGUCUGCAAGUUUUGCGGCAAACCAAUUUGGAAAUUUUGCCCAAGAACUUUUCCGCUAUAUAACUUAUUUUGCUCUUCUGGCCAGUCUUCAGUUGGCUGUGGACUGGGCCUCAGAUUAGUUGCACCUUUUGGAUACGGAAUGAAUCUUCCCGCGCGCUUGGCUCUGAUGAGUCUCCUUCUCACUGCCGUCUUGGCGCAGAGGAGCGGAAAAUCGAGAUCGGAUCGUCCCCAGGGACGUACCUUGGGUCUGUUGACGCCCCUCCUCCUAGGCAUCGGGGGCGGAUCCCUCUUUGACGUUCCCGUAGAGCCAGUGCCGCCACAGCGGCCCGUGGGUGGUGCUGCAGCAGCAGCUGGAGCCCAGUCGGAUCAGUACUACGGCAGCAGUUAUCCCAGCUACAACUAUAGGCCCAGCUACAAUCCGUACGCAUAUACGAGUAGCUAUCCAGGCUACGGCUAUGGCUAUCCCGGAUUGGGUCUGGGAUACGGCUCCAAUUACUACCGGCCCAGCUACAACUUCGGUGGAUAUCAGCGACCCCAGCAAUAUACCGGAAACUACUACGGCUACAGGCCAAACUACAGCGGAGGAGGAGCAGUGGCCGCUGGUUAUCCGUCGUAUGGAAGCAGUGCAGCUGGAGUUUCUGCCACGCCCGCCUACACGCCUUCGGGAUCAGCAUUGGGAGUGGCUGCUGGAUCGGGAGUGGGAGUGGGAGCCGGAGCCGGAGUCGGGAGUCCACAGCUAUCCACUGAACAGACGGCACAGCUGGCCGGACUCCUGGGCCAGGCCCUGGGCAGUAGUCUGCGCCCGUAUCUGGCCAACGGAGGAGGAGCGGGCGGAGCAGCGGCAGCGGCAGCGGGCGGUGGUGGAAAUUCACAAGCACUAGGCGGUCUGUUGGGCCUGCUCGGCUAGGCCAUAAGUUAUUCAGUAUUAACGAUGCCCGAUGGACAGAUACGAGUAUGACGGGUCUUUCCAUAAAGAUCGCUUUGUUAAAACUUAGUGUAAGUCUUGGUUUUCUGCCUCUUCAGGU